AAACAUGAGGUGACUCUGAAUGAUUUAUUGUAGCAACAACAAAGAUGGCGGCCUCCGAAAAGGUAUUAGAGGCCCAUCUAAAAGAAAGAGGCAUUAAAAAGGACAAAGAUGUUGAAGAACUCUACCUAGCAAAACAAAACCUAUCAGAAUGUGUGGAGCUAACAAGAUUCAAGUACCUGAGAAGUCUGUGGCUGAACAAGAACCGGCUGCGAGACAUAUCUUGUUUAGACAACAAUUUCCAGCUAGCAGAGCUGUAUCUACAGAACAAUCAGUUAACUGAUAUAGCGGGCGUGUUACAACACCUGACAAGUCUUAAAGUGCUUAUGUUACAUAAUAACCAGCUUACAAAACUCGAUAAAGUCGUGAAAGAGUUCAACAAGAUGCAGUGCCUUAAAAUACUUAAUUUGUUUAACAAUCCUGUUGCUCAGGAGCCAGACUACAGACUGUAUGUGAUUCAUUCUGUCCCAUCAGUUGAAUUACUUGACAGACAAGAGGUGCUAAAGAGUGAGAAAGAGGCAGGGAAGAAAAUAUAUGAACAGGAACAGGAGAAAAUCAGAGAGACUGUUGCAUUUGGACGCAGAUCUGAGGGGCCACCUAAUCUUUACUACCCAGGGAAAGAUCAGCCUCUCACAAAAUUUGUGCUGGAGUUACCUCGCAGAUACAUUAAACCAGACAAGAAUACAAGAGAUCUUGGGAACAGUUUCUUAAGAGAUAGCCCUUUAUAUAUGAGCUCUGAUGAUGCGUGUAAUGCUCGAAGGUUGAAGAAAUCUGUCACCUUGUACACAACGUUUGAUUGGUCGAAAGUGCCGCGGAUUGAGGAACGACGCCAAACAGAUACCGUGUUUGAUUCUCCAGAAAUUAUUACUCAUGUUUAUAGAUAACUUGAUUAUUUUUUAUUCUCUUUCCAUGUUUUUACCAUUUGUUUUCAUUAUGUUAUUUUUGUUAUAGUUUUUUUUUCCUAACACGAUUAUGGAAAUGUGUAUUAACAGGAUUAUGGAAACAACAUCAUAUGGAAAUAAACAAGACAUUGAAGAAACAUGAUAUCUUCCUGUAUGAUAAACUGAGAUGACUAUAAUUGUUAUCAAGUAUUAUAUUUUGGAAAAAGAAAUAUGUCAAAGUUUUUUUACAAGACAUUAUCUCCAAUUCUUUAUCAAACAAAGAAGAAAUAUUUUCAGACAAGAAAAUGUGAGCAUUUUGUUUACAUAUUUCACUGCCAGUUGAAAAGUUUGAACACAAAUGUGAUUCCAUGUAUUCCACAAUUUAAUAGAAAACCAAAGUGUGUUGAAAUAAUUUAUGUACAAACAAAAUAUUAAAAACUUACACUAUUUUUAAUCAUUAGGCUUUUUCAGAAUUAAGAUUGUUUAAGAAAUUGGAAAAAUAUUUAUUGAACACAAUAUUGGAAUAAAAAAUUAUCCUUACUUAAGAUACAACUGAAUUACUAGCUAAUCAUUGGCAAAAGUAAUGGCUUACAUUUAAGUUUCAUAAAUCUAUAACCAAAAAAAAAAAAAAAAAUGAAGAACAAAAAAAUUCAUGUACAUUAAAAAUACAAAUAAUUUUGUAUUAUUUUUAUUAUGUAUUUUUAUUUUUAUAUAACAACACUUACUAAAUGUUUAUUUUAUUUAUAAUUGUAAUUAUACAAGAUUUAAUGUUAUUUUUGUAUAUUCUGAGCCUGUGUAAAUUUGAAUUUGAACUUUUACUAAAAGUGCUCUGAGUUUACAAAAUAUAUGGAGAGAGCCAAAAAGCAAAUUUUAGAAAAUCACACCAGUGCCUUAGUUUUAUAAUACAUGUUCCUAUUAAUGCUGUUAUUGUAGUUACAAUCAAUAUAUCUUUUAUCAGAAAAAAAUGUGUUGUAUUAUAUCAUUAACUUUGUUAAAUGUUUAAACAAUCAGUAUUUUUUAAACCAUAGCAUGCUGACUGAAUGAAAUAGAUAUGUUCUUUUAAAGCUGCAUGCCUCUAGAUGAACAAAAAUAUUUAAACAAAAAAAUCAAAUUUGAGAAAAAAUGUUUUAACAUUUUAAGAAAAGUAAAAAGAUGCAAGAUUCAAGUAAUAAUUUACAUGUUAUGUGCAAUUAAUAGCUGAUUUUGCAGUAUUUAUCACCAUAUUUCUACUGCAUGACCAACACAGUAAAGGCUAUUUUUGCAUUAUAUUUAACCUCUUUUAAGUAAUUGAUUUGUAUUGUAAGUGUUGUUUGCAAUGUGAAAAAUCCUUUCUUUGUUCACUUGACAUUAUUUUACUUUUAAAUAAAGGAGUAAGAGAAAUUGCUAAACAUUUUGAUAAUUAAGUUCUGUAAACAGUAAAUACCGUAAACUAGGCUAUUCACUUAAUUUAUACAAAUUAGCAACAUUUUACUCAUGAAAACAAUUUUUGAAUUGUCAUCAAAACAAAAACAAAUCUAGAGGUAUGCUGCUUUAAGAAAUUAUGGUUAUUAUAAGUUUGUUUUAGAGUUUCUACAUGUUGACAUGCUCUGUUUUCAAAAAAGCAUUUGAGCCGCGUCAUAACAAAACCAAUAUAAUGGGUUUGCGACCAGCAUGGAUCCAGACCAGCCUGCGCAUCCGCCCAGUCUGAUCAGGAUCCAUGCUGUUCGCUUACCAACUCUAUUACAAGUAGAGAAACUGAUAGUGAACAGCAUGGAUCCUGAUCAGACAGCGUGGAUGUGCAGGCUGGUCUGGAUCCAUGCUGGUCGCAAACCCAUUAUGUUGGUUUUGUCAUGACACGGCUAAAUUUUAUCCUUAUUACUAUUGUUUCUAUCUUUAAGAUGUUAAAUCUUAGUUGUUGUUUUUCCUUUAAGUGCAGAAUUUAUUAAGUAUUUUUGUUAUUCUUGUUUACCUCAAACACCCUGUCCUUUCAGUGAUAUGGAUGUGUUUAACUUUUGUUUUUGAUAUUUUAAAGUAUUAUAAUUAAACAAGAAUUGUUUUACCUAAUUCUCCUGCCUUGAAACAGUAUGUAUUUAUUGACAUAUAUCGUAUAAUUUAAAGUUGACAGGUUAUAUGACCUAAUAUAAAUGGUUGUAAACUUAUAUAACCAAGCUAUUUGUUGGUUAUAUAGCAAACACUUGUUUAUAAAACAGCUAUAUAACCUGUAAGAAGUAUUUUAAAAGAAUGAUAUUCUGCACUGUUGCUUUCUUUGAUUAAAAUAGAAAUUAUUCUAUUAAAUUUUACUAACAAUGUAUUAUGAAUAAUAUCAAAUGAUGAUUGUCCAAUGAAAAUGGACGUUACAAACAUGCAUGCAGUAUUAUGAUAUUUUAUAUAAAAACCUGAUAAGCGUACAGUAUUAGCUAUAUAUUUUGUGAUCCUUGCUUUGCAUAACCAAUCUUUGAGUUAUUUAAUAUUUGAACUGUGAUACCCUUACAUAUUUAUUGACAUCACAUAAAAAUAAACUAUUGUUUCUUUA